GCUGUAUCUGUUUAAUUUGUAGUGUUUCUUGAACUUCAGAAUCUCGAUUCGUGUUUUGGUUUGUAUUGUAUCUACAUGAUCUACAUCCAAAGAGAAACAAGCGUUUAGUAACUAGAGUUUCGGCAAAUAAGAAUUUCGAGCCCAUCGAAUGCUGAUUGCUAUGAGUGAAGAAGACGAACGAACGUUAUGGUGCGGGAAUCUUUCGGAAAAGGUCACGGAAGAACUACUAUAUGAACUGUUUGUUCAGGCCGGCCCGGUGGAGAUGGUAAAAAUUCCGAAGGACAAUGACAAACGGCAACGAUCCUACGCAUUCAUCACCUACGCCCAUGCCGCCUCGGUAGAAUACGCCAUUGAUAUUUUCGAAGGUACGAAGCUUUUUCAGAGACCGCUUACACUGCACAAAAAGAGCAAAAACGGAGCGAAUUCUUCGGCGUCGCCGAGGAUGAAUCAGCGGGGCCAGCAACAGCAACACCAGAACCAGCAAGCAGGUCAGGGCGAGGGAAGUGGAAUGUUUGCUAUGGCUACUAUGAGUCCGGGAGCUGUUAAUAAAAUGAUGGGUAUGAUGGCUCAAAUGAACCCGCAAGUACUGGCAGGAUUAGGACAACUGCAACAAAAUCAACUGCAAAACAAAAUGAAUCGAAAUGAUGGUCGGUCACAUCAUCAACAGCACCAGCAUCAGAAGCCUUAUUCUAGAGGGGAUAACCAAUCGUUCUCAAGGGAUAGAAACGAAACACAAAUGUUCUCACGGGAUCGUGGUAGUAACCACCAUGGUGGACGAGGAGGAGGUGGGGGUGGCCAUCAAAGACGAAAUGACUAUCGGGGUCGAAGAUCAUAGCUUGAACGUUUGCUGAUUUUGCUUUCGAAGUAUUUAAUAAACACUAUUUUACAAGAGUGUACAAAGAAAGAAUAUACUUAUAUUUCCUGACUGCUCAAUAAACUGCAUUUGUCGUCGUUCGUUAGAUUUUAAAGAAGCAAUUUGAGUUCAGAAUAAAAAUUUGACAAUUUAAA